AUGUCAAAGAGAUAUUUUAUCAAUAAUUUAGAUAGUCCAUUAGGCUAAGAAUUCUACGCUUAAUUAGUAAAGGAAGAUACUGAAGAAGGAGUCCAUAUGGCAACUUAUACUAUUGAUGAUCCAAAUAAGAUGCCUCCAAAGGGUUUUAAGAAAAUAUUGAAACGGUAUGAAAAUUUGAUAUCUUAGAUACAAACCCAAGUUGUCUCGAAAAAAGAUGCUUGAAGAAUGCGAUGUGUAUGUGUAUGAUGUAGCCUCUGCAACUCAAUAAGAUUUAGAUUAUGUAUGCGAUAUCUUUAGGAACAGCAAAACCACCCUAGAAGAACAGAAGGUAUAAGACUAUGCUAUUGAAAGGUGCUUAUUCUAGUUUCCACAGUUUUAACAUGGAGUGCUAUGCCAGAUAAAGUAAAACCAAAAGUGGAGAAAAAACCAGAUGAAGAAUAGGAGGGAGAACCAUAGGAGUAGCAAGAAUAAUAAUAAAAGAAGGAGGAAACAGAAGAAAAUCAAGAGCCAAAAGAAGAUGAAAAUUAAGAAUAAGAACAAGAAUAAUAAUAGGUUUAGUAAUAACCAAUUAAUGAAGUUCCUGAGAUUAUAGAAUAUGUACCUUGGGAAGAAGGUGAUUAUAAGUUGAGAAGUGCCUCAUCCUAAUAUUAGCAAUUAAAAGAAUGGGAGGAUAUGGUAUUGAGUCUGUAGAAGGACAACUUAAAAGUAAUAGUUGUUUGUGCAGGAUUAAUAUAUGGCAAAGGAGAAAUACUCUUUUAAAAAUAUUUUAAAGUAUAGCAUUCAAAUUAAUAAAAAGAAAGCAUGGUUAUAAUAGCCAUACAAAUUAAGUUAUUAGCCAGAUGGAAAUAAUAAAGUUCCCACAGUUCAUAUAACUGAUCUAGUGAAAAUGAUUGUUAAGGUCUCUGAAUCUAUUCCAGAAUCAAAUUACAUUUUUGCAGUUGAUAAUACUAAAGAUAGAACACAAAAAGCUAUAAUAUAAGGUAUUGCAACUGGAGUUGGAAGUGGUUGGAUUGAAGAAAAUGAUGACUUUUUUAAGGAUUUCACUCCUGAGGAAAUGGAUUGCUUUAGAUUACAUUUGGAUUGCAAACCAUCUCAAAUGUUCAUUGGAAAUGAAGAAACUCCAUCUGAUUUUGAAUGGCAUUGUGAAAAAGGAAUAGCUUUAAAUGCUAAGAAAAUCUUAUAAGAAUUCACAUCAAUACAUAAAUUAAGACCAAUCAAAAUAAUUAUGGAAUCUAAAGCUGAAAAUAUGAGAUUUUAAGAUAUUUUGACUAUGAUUAGCGAUCAUUAUAGAAUUCCAGUGAUCAAUUAAGAAUAAAUAUUUAAAGAUGCUUAAGAUCCAAAUUAUGUGUUCCCAUCAGAUAUGCAAGAAGAUUUUAAUGAAUUAUGGCCUGCUAUUCAAGAAUAUAUUAAUAGUUAAGCUCCUGCAUAAUUGUCAGAAUAAUUAAAGAUUUAUUAUAAAGUAAUCAAGUGGAGAUUAAGCUAAAAUGACUGUUAAAACAGAGGAUUUAUUUUAUAGAAUUUUCCAAAUUACUUUGAAGAGGCUGAUUUUAUCUUCUAUCCAAAUAAAUAGAAACUCAAAAUGAAGAAAAAACCAAAAAAGAAACCAGUUGUUUCUGAAGAAGUAAAACAGCAAUCUCAGGAACCUGCUGUUGAUGAGAAUGGAGAUCCUAUUGAAUAAGAACAAAAUGAGGAAUAAUAAUAAGAUGAAUAAUAAUAAGAAGAACCAUAAGAAGAAGAAUAAUAGGAGGAAGAGUAAUAAGAGGAGGAAUAAGAAGGUGGUCCAAAACCAGAAGAUUUUUUCCCAGAAUCUUAUAUAGUAAUCAAACCAUUAGGGAAAACUGAUAAUUUUGAUUAUAACAGAAAAUUAAUUAAUUUCUUUAGUGAAAAAAAUUUAGAUGCCUAUUUCAUUGAUCCAAGAAAGAAAACAAAUCAUGACACUUUUGAAGAUUUGAGAAUCUAUAUUGAAAGAGUAAUUUAUUUAUUUAAGAUUAAUAGAAUGGAAGACCUUAUAAUUACUUAUAAAAUGAAUAAGAAUUAAUCAUUCAAUAUUUUAACUUACAGAGAAUUAAAGAUUUAACUAUUAAAUAUACCAGAAAAUAAGCUAUACAAAUUUGGAAAGAGAUUACAAAAGUAAAAAAGGACAACAGAUAAGGUUUGGUUACAAAGUACACUAAAUACAUUUAAGAACAAGAAUAAGAAUUAUAAUAAGUUAAACAAUUUCCUUUUAGAAACUAUUUAAUGGAUUUUGUAGUUCCAGUAUUAAAUGAAGGAUUGGUGGAAGUGGCACAUAUAUUACCAGAUGAUCCAGUUGAAUUUUUGGUAUUUAAACCUUAUUAUAUUAUAGGCAGAAUAUUUGUAUAAAAGGAGUUUUAAUGUUGACAAUGAAUGA